AUGCCAAUACAAUGCAUAACAAGCAUGCCUCAACAACUCCCAAACCAAGAACAAGAAAAAAAACCACUGGUUUUCGACGCAUCACUUCUCAAAAACGAAACAAAUCUCCCAACACAAUUCAUCUGGCCCGACCAAGAACAAGCCUCUUCAAAUGUUCCUGAACUCGUCGUACCAUUCAUCGACCUGGGAGGCUUUCUCUCCGGCGAUCCACUAGCCGCAAUAGAAGCGUCAAAGCUUGUCGGUGAAGCGUGUCGAAAACAUGGUUUUUUUCUUGUUGUUAAUCAUGGGAUUGACAAAAAGUUAAUCUCCGAUGCUCAUGCUUUCAUGGAUGAGUUCUUUGAGCUUCCUCUGCUUGAGAAACAGAGAGCUCAGAGAAAAACAGGGGAACACUGUGGUUAUGCUAGUAGUUUUACUGGGAGAUUCUCUUCUAAACUUCCAUGGAAAGAGACACUGUCUUUUGAAUUUUUGGCCGAUGAAAAUUCGCCAAAUCUUGUUAGAGACUAUUUGUGCAACACAAUGGGCAAUGAGUUUCAGCAAUUUGGGGAGGUUUAUCAGAACUACUGCAAAGCAAUGAGUAAUCUUUCAUUAGGAAUAAUGGAGCUUUUGGGAAUGAGUCUUGGAGUUGGUAAAAGCUAUUUUAGGGAAUUUUUUGAAAAGAAUAGUUCAAUAAUGAGGCUCAAUUACUAUCCUCCUUGUCAAAAACCUGAGCUCACUCUAGGCACUGGACCUCAUUGUGAUCCAACAUCCUUGACUAUUCUUCAUCAGGAUCAAGUUGGUGGGUUGCAAGUUUUUGUUGAUAAUCAAUGGCAUUCCAUUACACCACAUUUCAAUGCUUUUGUUGUCAAUAUUGGUGAUACAUUCAUGGCACUUUCAAAUGGGAGAUACAAGAGUUGCUUGCACAGAGCAGUGGUAAACAGUGAAAAGACAAGAAAAUCUCUUGCUUUCUUUUUAUGUCCCUUAAGUGAUAAGGUGGUAACUCCACCAUGUGAAUUGGUGGACAAUUACAACCCAAGAAUCUACCCUGAUUUCACAUGGCCUAUGUUGCUUGAGUUUACUCAAAAACACUAUAGAGCUGAUAUCAAAACACUUGAAGCAUUUGCCAACUGGAUUCAACAUAAAAGCACAUGA